AUUGAAGAAGUCGAUCAUGUACAGUAGCUAGCUAGCUUGCUAGGUGCUCGUACUUGUAAACCAACCCCCACACAACGGGUGGAUGACUAAUUGAGGCUGCGCAUGCUGGCAGCACAAUGUGGAACCGAACCAAUUCAACGUUGGAACAUCAUCCGUGGCGUCGGACCGUCAGUGGACUCGCCUGGCUGCUAGGUAACUUUGCCGCUGUCACAAUCGCUACUGGCGGCGAUGUUUACGCUGUUUUGCACCACGAAGCAGCCUUUCUCUUUUCCUCUUUUCAUGCUAGAUUAGCCCUGCACACUGCCUCAGCUGGCCUCAUGAGCAGCAGCAGUAACGACCUGCACCGCCGCUACUACCACCAUCCCUUCCGUUACAUCUACCGCCGCGCGCGUGUCGACUUCUCUGUUUCGGCAUCUGUACGCUGA